AUGCCACUUGAAUUGUCAGGUGAAAGACGAAUUGACCUUGGUUCUGAUCAUGGAGAUAGAGAAUCUCAUAAAACUUCUUCGUUAAAUGAAAAAGAAACCUAUGAGGAAGAAGAAAGACCUUUGAAAUAUAAAAUUAUUGCUUUGUUAUGCGUUUUAUCUUUAGCUCUGGGAAGUCAUUACGCUGGUCAUGCUCUUGACGCAUUAAAAGCGGUCAUUAAAACAGAAUUAGGCAUUUCAAAUUCGCAAUAUGGAGUCGUUCAGUCAUCGGUAACAUUGGUUAAUACAAUUCUACCGAUUCUCGGUGGAGUAUUUAUUGAUAUAUUUGGCACUUUGGUCGGCUCCGUAUUGGCUACUUCUCUUAUAGCUAUAGGAAAUAUUUUGGUAGCAUUAUCAACUGAUUUAAAAUCAUUUGCCGUAAUGGUCAUUGGUAGAAUAUUAUAUGGACUUGGAAGUGGACCCAUUGUCAUAGUUCAAGUGGCUAUUCUAAGUAAUUGGUUUAGAGGAAAAGGAUUGGCUAUUGCUGUGGGAAUUCAAAUCGCUGUGUCAAGAUUGUCAUCUUUCUUGGCCAAUUUAACGGUUAUUCCAAUCGCAAAGGUUACAGGGUCUUAUAAAUGGGCAUUUUGGUUUACCGCAUUUCUUUGUUUCUUUUCAUUGAUAAUCAACCUCAUAUACGUUCUUUUAAUGAGAAAAUUUCAUAAAAGAUUAAAUACUCAAGAAAUGCUAAAGCUUAAACAAAAGAAACAUUUUAAUCCUAAAAUCCUAUUAAUUUUUCCUAUCAUUUAUUGGUUCUUUGUUUUACUUGAAUUUAUAUUGGGUAGUGUGUGGGCUUCAUUUUUAACCAUUCAUACAGAAUUGGUAAAAAUUAGAUGGAACAAAACGGAUGAAACAGCAGCCUAUGAUGCUAGUAUUGCCCAAUUCUUACCAAUCUUCAUUUCACCUUUCCUUGGAUUCCUUUUAGAUCGUUUCGGACAUCGUUCUUUAGUCCGUAAGUAUUAA